UUGUUCUUUCUGAAUUCUGAUCAAUCCAACGCAUCCCUUCAGUCCAAUCACUGAAUAAUAAGCAAAUUUCUCAAAACCCAAUUUCUUUAUUUGUUUUUUUAAAACAUUUUAAACUGAUUAAAAUAAAAUUCUUUGUUUUUUUUUCUUUCUGUAAAAACUGUCCACAUCUAUAUGUGUGAGUUUUUGGCAUAUAUUUUGGCUUCUUUUGUAUGUUUGUAUCUUUGUGGUAUAUAUUAAGAAUGAGAAUAAUAAUAGAGGGAGAUGGUGAUGAUGAUCUUGAGUGGAUACGGUACAAAGCUUCAACUGAAGGGAGAAGCUUAGUUAGUUCAAACAUAUUAUAUUUAACAAUAUUCCACUGAUGGAAUUUGUUGGGAUCAGUUACCAACCAUGAAACUAGUCCUUUUCCAAUAUUAUCAGAUCUCAAGAUUACGAUGUUUUCAGGCUUAAUCUUGUUCUUUCUCAAGAAAAUUCCAUUUUUCUUUGUUACAAAAUAGUGCCCAUUUGGCUCAAAGUAUAAUCCCAGCAUCUGCAUAAUUAUGUAAGAAGAGCAACUUUGGCAUCUUUGUUUGAAAGAGCAGGAUUUGAGGUUGAAAAAGCAUCUCCUUUUUUGGCAAAUUGGUGGGGUUUGCUUUAAAGCAAUGUUGAAGAAGUGAUUUUUAUGUGAAGAAUGAUUUUUUUUGUUUUCCGGGAAGGGUUUUUUAGGCAAGUAGUAAUAAGUUAAAAUUGUAGAAGUGAGCAUUAGUAGAGGAUGGAGGGAAAGUGGUGUAUGCUCUGGUAUGUGGGGUUGCUGGUUUUAACAUUGAUGGAGAGUUGUUAUGCUUCUCUUUCCCCUACUGGCAUUAAUUAUGAAGUUGUUGCUUUGACGGAAAUUAAGAAGGCGUUACAUGAUCCUUACAAUGUUCUGGAGAAUUGGGAUGUGACUUCUGUGGACCCUUGCAGUUGGAGAAUGGUCACUUGUUCCAUUGAUGGCUAUGUUUCUGCUCUUGGACUACCUAGUCAAAGUCUAUCUGGAACAUUAUCACCUGGAAUAGGCAACCUCACUAAAUUGCAAUCUGUAUUGCUGCAAAACAAUGCUAUUUCUGGUCCUAUUCCUGAUGUGAUUGGGAAUUUGGAAAAGCUUCAGACACUUGAUCUCUCCAACAACAAAUUUGAAGGCGAAAUGCCUGCUUCUUUCGGAGACCUGAGGAAUUUAAAUUAUUUGCGACUAAACAACAAUAGCCUCACGGGAUCCAUUCCUCAAUAUCUCUCUAACAUUGAAGGACUUGCUCUUGUGGAUGUUUCUUUUAAUAAUCUUGGUGGUCCACUGCCUAAAAUAUCAGCAAGAGCGUUCAAAGUUGUUGGAAAUCCUUUAAUUUGUGGCCAAAGUUCUGGGAACAAUUGUUCUGCAGUCUAUCCAGAACCGCUAUCAUUCCCGCCAGAUAGUUUAGGAGAUAAAUCAGGAGCAGGAGGUAAAAGCCAUCAUGUCGCUGUUGCUUUUGGAGCAAGUUUUGGUGCUGCUUUCUUGGUUAUAGUAGUUGUAGCACUGGUUCUUUGGUGGCGCUACCGGCAUAAUCAGCAGAUCUUCUUUGAUGUCAAUGAGCAAUAUGAUCCAGAGAUAUGCUUGGGUCACUUGAAAAGAUAUGCCUUUAAGGAACUGCGGACUGCAACUGAUCAUUUUAGCUCAAAAAAUAUUUUGGGGAGCGGAGGAUUUGGAGUUGUGUACAAGGGCCGCUUAAAUAAUGGAACUGUUGUGGCUGUCAAAAGAUUGAAGGACUACAAUGCUGUUGGUGGUGAAAUCCAAUUUCAGACAGAGGUCGAGUUGAUUAGUUUGGCUGUCCAUCGAAAUCUUCUCCGUCUUUGGGGUUUUUGCUCGACUGAAAAUGAGCGGCUUCUUGUUUACCCUUAUAUGCCAAAUGGAAGCGUAGCAGCACGAUUAAAAGAUCACAUCCAUGGCAGGCCAGUUUUGGACUGGUCAAGGCGGAAAAACAUAGCAUUAGGUACAGCAAGAGGGCUGGUAUAUUUGCAUGAGCAGUGUGACCCCAAAAUAAUCCACCGUGAUGUUAAAGCAGCCAAUAUUCUGUUGGAUGAGGAAUUUGAGGCAGUUGUUGGAGACUUUGGGUUGGCAAAGCUCUUGGAUCACCGGGAUUCCCAUGUAACGACUGCUGUCAGGGGCACCGUUGGCCACAUUGCUCCAGAAUAUUUGUCUACUGGUCAAUCAUCAGAGAAAACUGAUGUGUUUGGGUUUGGAAUCUUGCUUCUUGAGCUAAUUACAGGUCAGAAAGCUGUGGAUUUUGGACGAGGGGCCAACCAGAAAGGUGUUAUGCUUGACUGGGUAAAAACGCUUCAUCAAGAGAAAAAGCUGAACCUUAUGGUGGAUAAGGAUUUAAAGAACAGCUUUGACCGGAUUGAACUUGAAGAGAUGGUUCAAGUUGCACUUCUGUGUACUCAUUUCAGUCCUUCUCAUCGCCCAAAGAUGUCCGAGGUAUUAAGGAUGCUGGAGGGAGAUGGAUUAGCGGAAAAAUGGGAGGCUUCACAAAAAGUCGAAACUCCAAGGUACAGAACUUCUGAAAAUACACCAAAAAGAUAUUCCGACUAUAUAGAAGAAUCAUCACUAGUAGUUGAAGCAAUGGAGCUUUCAGGACCUAGAUGACGUCCAAUUAUCGUUCUUCUCCUUACACGUUAUCAUUCUCGAGUAUUUAAAGUUGGAAGUGGAAAAUAUUUGGUUGUUGAUAGCUGUUGCAUGCGUGUGUAAAUCUGUAAAAAGAACGGGAAGGUCAUGUAUAAUUCGUUUCUUUUUGAUCAACAGCUGAGUUCAUAGGGGUCCUCUCUCCCUCAAUUUUGAGACUGCCAUUUCUGUAUGUAACGUAAGAGUUCAUUAGCUUAAAAAUCUUUAAAUUUACUGAGGAUGAGAGCAAAAGCUAGCCAUCCUCAUCCUCAUGUACAGUGGUCAGAUUGAAGAUUUGUUAAUCCAUUAUAUGCUA